ACAAAUUCCCUAACCGGAUUAACUUCCUGCGUCGUUCAUUCAUCCAAACAGAAGUUUAGCCGUUGAAGAGAGAGAGAGUCAGUCCGAUGAAUUCCUCACUUAUGCUUCGACGCUUCUGUUGUUUCACAACUUCCACUUCUUCUUCUUCUUCUUCUACUUUACCCAUUUCUUCCAACACUACUAAGAAGAAGCAGAUCGUCUUUUUGGGCUCCCCUCAGGUUUCCACCACCGUUCUCGACGCUCUCUUCAAUGCCUCCACGGCUCCAGAAUCUUCGUUUCAGGUUGCUGCAAUAGUUACUCAGCCACCUUCAAGAAGGGAUAGGGGGAAAAAGUUGUUGCCUUCUCCAAUAGCACAAUUUGCUCUUGACAGAAACUUCCCUUCCGACUUUAUUUUCACACCCGAACGGGCGGGAGAGGAGAUUUUCUUGUCCAACUUAAGAGAAUUGAAGCCAGAACUUUGUAUUACAGCAGCAUAUGGGAAUAUUUUACCUAGGAAAUUUCUCAAUAUACCUCCAUUAGGGACAGUCAAUAUACACCCAAGUUUGCUUCCACUAUACCGUGGCGCUGCUCCUGUUCAAAGGGCACUGCAGGAUGGUGUUAAAGAAACAGGAGUAUCCCUAGCAUUCACUGUACGCGCACUUGAUGCUGGACCUAUCAUUGCCUAUGAAAGGUUCAAAGUUGAUGAUCAAAUUAAGGCGCCAGAUUUACUUGCAGUGCUAUUUUCUGAAGGUGCGAAACUCUUGAUUCGUGAGCUUCCUUCCAUACUUGAUGGAUCAGCUAAGGGGAAAGCAUCACCCCAAGAUGAUUCUAAAGCUACCUUAGCUCCGAAGAUCGAGCCUGAGGAAUCUUGGCUAUCCUUUAACCAAGAAGCUACAGUCCUGCAUAAUAAGGUCCGUGCAUUUGCAGGGUGGCCGGGCACUCGAGCUAAAGUUGUAGUUGUUGAGAAAGGAGACAGUUCUCUCAAAGUUCUCGAGCUCAAAAUUAUCACAACAAGAGUUUGCAGCCAAAGCAAUCUCGAGCGCAAUGAAGCAGAUGACGUUACUUUUUUAAAGGGUGCGUUAAUAUUUCCAUGUGGGCAAGGCACAACCCUUGAGGUACUAGAAGUUCAGCUUCCUGGUAAGAAGGUGAUGAAUGCAGCUGCCUUCUGGAAUGGAUUGCGAGGUCAAAAGCUAAAGGUUUCAUCACAAGUAUAAUAUCUAAACCAGUAAUACAGGUUGUUUUGUUUUUAGUUCCUUCAUUCUUUCUGAUAUAGAAUAACCAUCUGUUGUAAUUUGCUUAAAACUAAGCUGAAAACGAACAUUCUUUCUCUUGCAUUCUUUUUUUUUUUUUUUCCUCUAAAGGAAAAAGGAAUUCUAUUGAACUGCGAAGAUUUUGACAUUU